AUGGGGGAGUGGACUGGUGGGGGCUGGUAUAUCCAGAAUGAUGGAGUGAUGGGUGGCAGGUCCAGCGGUACUCUGGAGCUUGCAGAUUCUGGAGCCAUCUUUGAGGGAAGUAUCAAUCUCAAUGGAGGAGGCUUUGCGUCUUUUCGACGAAGCUUUGCUGCGAGAGAUCUGACUUCCUACGCUGGACUUUGGGUGGAGCUCGACACUUUGCCCGAGGACAGCAUUGUUCCACUGGCGAUUCAUGUCGCGCUGAACGACGCCAGCAGGUACAAUGAUUUCGGGGCUGCGAUUGCUCUCCCUCCUGGACCUGAGGGUUCCACCUUCUCGGCUUUCCUCCCCUUCUCCUGGUUCGCGAAGCAGACGCGGUGGUCUUGCGGAUCUUGCUCUCUGGACGUUAGUCGUGUUACCGGCUUGAGGGUGAUGAUACUGUAUCAGGAAGGGCCUUUCAAGUUCCAUCUGCGCAAGGUUCACGCCGUUCC